AUGGUAUCCCUGUACAACUCCAUGAUCAGAUCACUGCUGGCUCAAAUACAUCCAGAUAAUGCUAUUGUUUUAGAUGCGGGUUCCUCCAAAACCAAGCUGAUUGUCUACAAGAUAGAUGCGAAUGUUCCGCCGUUAGAUGUCAAAGAUAUUCAACUGCAGGGUGGUUUCAAAGUAAAGCCUGGGCUCGCUUCACUUGCUGGAAGCCCAAGUGCUGUUGAUGGUUAUCUGAAGCCCUUGUUGGACGCAGCAAUGAAGAUCGUCCCAGUAGCGAAACACGCCUCUACUCCAAUCUUCCUAUUCGCCACAGCAGGAAUGCGACUAAUAAGGAAACGCCAAUCCGACGCCAUAAUGAACAAAGUUAAAAUGUUAUUUAAUGACAAAGCCAAAUGUCCAUUUACGUUCAACCCUGAAACGGAUGUAAAAGUCGUUUCGGGCGCGUUUGAAGGGAUAUACGCUUGGAUUUCUCUUAAUUUUUUAAAGGGUAGAUUUGCUCCUGGGAAUUCUGGGUCAACAUUCGGAAUUCUUGAGAUAGGCGGGGCGUCCCAUCAGACCACGUUUGAAAACCCUUCUAAAGAAACCAUUGCUUUAACAGUAGCAGGAAAGCCAUUUCAAUUUUUUUGCUAG